AUGGCUAUAUUUGGACUGGUCUUCAACCGUGUCCUUAUCACUUUAUCGCGAUCGUUUAGCAAUGAUACCCUAAGACGAACUCCUCUUUACGACUUCCAUACAUCUCGUAAUGCAAAGAUGGUCUCAUUCUGUAAUUACAGUAUGCCUCUUCAAUACUCAGACCAAAGCAUUAUGGAUAGUCACCAGUUUGUGCGCCAGCACUGUGGUCUUUUUGAUGUCUCUCAUAUGUUACAAAUCCAAAUCUUUGGGAGCGAUCGAAUAAAGUUCACGGAGUCACUCACCUCUGCUGACAUUGAGGGUUUAUCCAGUUCAUCUGGGACGCUAUCUGUAUUUUUGAACGAUGACGGUCGUAUAAUGGAUGACACCAUAAUAACGAAAUGCAGAGAACCCUAUUUAUAUAUCGUUUCGAAUGCUACAUGCGCACUAAAGAUACAAACUCAUGUUACAAAAAAAAUGACAGAAGCAAAGAAAAUUGGAAAGGAAUUGGACCUGAAAAUUGUGGACCACGCACUUCUCGCGCUUCAAGGACCAGAUGCAAAUUUAGUUCUUCGCUCAGGCAUUUCAUCUUCUGAUAUUCAAGGUUUUGAAAACCUCUACUUCAUGGAAAGUAUGCUGAUUGGAUCACUUUUUGGUUUGAAUGCUUCUGAUAAAGAAAUUCGUUUAACACGCUGUGGAUAUACAGGUGAAGAUGGUUAUGAAAUCAGUAUUCCAGCUGAAAUAGCUAUUCCAGUUGCUGAAGUUUUAGUAAAUCACUCUUCUGUAAGGCCUAUUGGAUUAGCUGCUCGAGAUACCUUGAGACUAGAAGCUGGUAUGUGUUUGUAUGGAAAUGACAUAUCAGAAGAAACAACACCGGUUGAAGCUUCACUUUCUUGGCUAUUUCCUAAACAAAGACGUCUGGGUAGAGAUCCGAAAUUUCCUGGAUAUUCAAUUAUAAGUAACCAGUUAAAGAAUAAAAGUGAAGUGAAACAUCAAAGGAUCGGUAUGAUAAGUGAAUCAGGUCCUCCAGCAAGACAUGGUGCGAAAAUAUUCGAUGAAUCGAUGAACCUAGAAGUUGGCAGUGUAACAAGUGGUUGUUUAUCACCUACAUUAAAUAAGAACAUUGCAAUGGCUUAUGUGAAAACAGAUUAUUGCAAACCUGAUAAAAAGCUUUUUAUUCAAAUACGUCAAAAGUUCUAUCCAUAUACAAUCACUAAAAUGCCAUUUGUUCCUAAUAAAUAUGUCAGACGACCAUGA